UGUGUUGUAUUUUGUGCGUUUGUGCCAAAGUAUUUAAAACAAAAGUGCAACGGAAAUAGUUAAUAACAAAAUAUUAGUCGUCGGCAGCAGUCGUCGGUUGUUCUCUCGUCGCCACGUCUCUCCCCUCCUCACCACCUUUCCGCCCCCUGCUUUUUGCAUUUUGCUCAAGAAAAUACGAAACGGAACGAAAAGAACGAACAAACGUUGCUCAACCAGCGGGAUAAAUGUAUUUUUAAAGAAUUUAAGAGAAGCCGAAAGCAAACAAAAAACACAAUUUAACGAACAACAAAACGCGCGGCAAUAAUUAAGCUGUUGCAUACAACAACAAAAACAACGUAAAAUUAAAUAAAUUAAACGGAAAAAGUUGAACAAAGUACAUCGGGGAAAAGGCGAUUCAAAAAGCGUGGACGGCAGGAAAAGCCGCUAUAAACAAUAAUAAUGAAUAUCGAUUCGCUGAAAAAUGAAUGGGAGGAGCUCAACAAGGAGUAUGCCGAAUUGGAGAGCUGCAACAGGCGGUACAUCGAGCUGCUGGAACAGCUGCACAGCCACCAACAAAUAUGCUUCAACGAGAUCAAGCAUCAGCGGUAUCGCAUGAACCAGAUAACGGCAUCUCUGCGACAAUCCAAGGGUCCCAUUCCGGCAGAGGACAGGGAAAAGGUCGAUGAACUGCAAAAGAUGACCUUGAAGCGAAAGGCUCAACUGCACGAGAUUGAGCAAUCCUUGCCAGCAAAAUCCGGCCGCUACUUGCAGAUUAUCUUGGGCGAUGUGAAUGUCUCGAUUCUCAACAGAAACGACAAAGUUCGCUAUAAAGAUGACUAUGAAAAGUUUAAAUUAAUACUCAACGUAAUUGGACUGAUAAUGGCCUUCUUCAAUUUGAUAUUCAACUACAGAGCCCUGGAGCUGGCCUUCAUAUUCCUGCUGGUAUGGUACUACUGUACCCUAACGAUCCGCGAGUCCAUCCUAAAGGUGAACGGCUCCAGGAUCAAGGGCUGGUGGCGGGCCCACCACUUCAUCUCAACGGUAGCCGCCGGCGUCCUACUGGUUUGGCCCCAGGGCGAGCAUUGGCAGAUCUUUCGAAUGCAGUUUAUGUACUUCAAUGUCUACAUCAGCAUCGUCCAAUACCUGCAAUUCGGCUACCAGAAAGGCCUGCUCUACCGGCUUAAGGCCCUCGGGGAGCGUCACAACAUGGACAUCACCAUCGAGGGUUUCCACUCGUGGAUGUGGCGCGGUCUGAGCUUCCUGCUGCCCUUCCUUUUCAUUGGCUAUGGAUUCCAGGCGUACAAUGCCUGGACACUCUACAAGCUGGCCAAUAGCCCGGAGGCGCCCUGGCAUGUGUCCGUAAUGGCCGGCCUGUUCCUGUUGCUGUUCGUUGGCAAUAUGGCCACCACGCUGUGGGUGGUGCCGGAAAAGAUACGGGAGAGGGCCAAGGAGCGCUACCGCCUGCAGAGCAUGGGCAAGUCGAUGAAGCUUCGCCAAGAGAUGAAGAACAGCGCCAGUGAUUUGGAUCUGUCGAGUGGCUCCAAACUCUCGCCGACAACUUCCACUGCGACGGCGACGCAAACUCAAACGCCCGCCGAGAAAAAGGAAAUUUAAACAAUUGAAACGAGUGAAUCGUUUUGUUUUAUUGCCCGGCAUUUCAAUUAUGCAUAUUUACAUAUUAUUAUGCUCUUUUUUUUCUUUCUCUCUUAUUUAUUAACUUUUAUGUUCCGCGAUUCCCUUGGUUUUGUUCCUCCCCCACCGCUCUAGCUCUUUUUUUUUCUUCACUUCAUAAACGUAAUGUAAAACUGAUGUACAUUUGAAGUAAACAACAUAAGCAGAAAACAACAAUAUAAAUAUAGUGAUACAUUUUUUUUUUCGCCUAAUUGUAAGUAUGAAAAGUGAGAAGAUGAAAUAUUAAAUGGAAUUGAAGUAUGA